AUGAAGAUGAAUAAAUGGCAGGGCUCGUCUUGGCUUCACCCCGAAGGGUUACUAGACCCCAGCACCACGAUGAGGUGCGAGCCGUCGCUGGGACAUGAUGACGAAGUCCCUCUCUUCACUUCCCAGUCGGCACCAGGUUGCCCCGGGACCGGUGAGCAGAAGGCGGGGGAUAAAUGGGCUCGACUGAGCCGUCGCUGGACGGGAGUGGAAGAGGGGGUGCAAACAAAGAACAGUGAGAAGGGAAGGGGGAAGAAGAAGAAGAAGAAGAAGAUGGAUGGAUGGAAAUGGAAGAUUGAGGAUGAUGAAGAUGAAGAUGGAAGAGGGGAGAUGAAGAAGAGAAAAGGAAAACGGGGGGGAGAGGGGUAUUUAUAA